AUGAGGAACAAAGACAAACAGCCUACGGUGGAGCUAGACACCCCAACUCGUCGUACUUCUGCUUCCGUGCCACCACUGUGGGGAAAUUCUCCCUAUGCUACAUCACCUUCAAGUCCGGAGCUCUUCAGACCUACAAUGAACCAAACCAAUGAAGGAGAGGAUAAGCUUAAGAGAAGGGCAUCCGACAGACGCAGGGCGUCGACCGAUUGGGGCAAGGAGGCCUCAGAACCCCCUAGCCAAAAGCCUAGACUCUCAGCACCGAGUGGUAUACGCCCAUUUAGCUCCAUUUGGGAUCAUGGCAAGGAGAACAAUGGCAACGUUCCUCGCGAGCCAACAGACCUGAAAGCGGACUGGACCAGUACUGGCGAUAAGACAAGCGCAACUGAUGACAAGGUGGGUAAUCUAGAGGGAAACUACCCGAAUGAUACCAAGUUCUUGGUGGAGGCUUCGAACCAGGAAGGCAUGGCUCCUGUUUGGGUGUCGUUUCAGAAUUUCCCGUCCGCAUCUUCGUUUUUGGGCCACAUGGCGGCUGAAUGCAGAGUGGACGAGUGGAGUCCAUCCAAACAGAUCUUGACUGAAAACUCGAACUGGCACCCUGGGCAAUUGGUCCUCGCAGCUUCCGUCAAGUUUGAAUGGUCGGAAUUUGGAAUUCGUGUCCGCCAGGGGGCCGAUCACGACCUAACUAUUGUUUUUCAGGAGCUGCAGAAGGCUUGGAAGGCUAAGGAAUUGAAUCUGGAUGGUGGUUCAGUUCAGCAGUUCAGGGUUAAAGUGAUGCUCCACGUUGGUUGA